AUGGUUUUGGCCGGUGCCAAUGAAGACACUUUUGAGCAGAUCAAAAGUACACUUGGAUUCAAUACCGACAUGACUGAGAGUCAGCUGUACACUUCUUUCAGAAUUCUCCUCCGCCAGCUAAACAAUUUUUCCAGCAAUGCAAAUAACACCCUAGAGCUGGCUAAUGCAAUUGCACUGCAAAGCGAGUACUCUCUUCUGCCCACCUAUUUGCACAUCGUAAAGAACCGCUUAAAAGCUGAAAUUUUUUCAGUCAACUUUCAAGUAAAAGGCAAGCAAGCAGCUGAGAAAAUUAAUCAAUGGGUUAAUAGGAAGACCAGGGGAAAAAUCGAUACAAUUUUAAAAGGAAAUCCAACAGCCGACACCCGAAUGGUACUUCUCAAUGCACUCUCUUCCUAUAGCUUGAAGCCUGCCCUUCAGUCAAUGGGUAUUGAGGCGGCAUUUGACCCAGACAGCGCCGAUUUCGGUCGAAUGACGAAUCAAAAGGAUUUAAUGGUCGCUGAGGUCUUGCACAAAGCGGUCGUGGAGGUCAAUGAACAAGGAACUGAAGCUGCAGCGGUCAGUGCAAUGAGG